GCUCCAAUGACGCAUGGAGCCGGCUGGCCCCUCCUCCCCGCAUCCCUCCAUCACUCCAUGCACGCGUUCACUCAUCAGAGGAGCAGCACUCCUCCUCUUCAUCUCCUCUGUGCAAAGGUGUCUCUGGCGGAGUGGUGCAGGAUGUCGCUGAAGGUCCAGACCAGCAACGUGACCAACAAGACCGAUCCCAAGUCCAUCAACUCUCGGGUGUUUAUCGGCAACCUCAACACGGCGGUGGUGAGCAAGUCGGAUGUGGAGAGCAUCUUCUCCCAGUACGGCUGUGUGCUGGGCUGCUCCGUGCACAAGGGCUACGCCUUCGUCCAGUACGCCAACGAGAGGCAGGCCAGGGGCGCCGUCUCUGGAGAGAAUGGUAGGGUGCUGGGCGGGCAGAUGCUUGAUAUCAACAUGGCAGGAGAACCCAAACCCAGCAGAGACAAAACCACCAAGCGAGCGGCCUCUUCGCUCUGCAGUUCCUACGACUUGGACUACGAGUACUUAAGAGACGACUUGUACGACAGGUUGCUGGCAUACCGUGGUCAGGUGUCGCAGGAUGCCCGGGUGGUGCCCGUCAAACGCCCGCGGGUGGCUCCCCCUCUGGUCCACCAGCUCACAACUCUUCCGGUCAAGCUGCUACCGCGUAACGCAGACGUUGUUCCAGGCAGCAAACACACACUACCAGUCAGAGGAGCCCAACUGCGGGCCAUCAAGUCCCAACUGACUCAGAUUAAAGACCACAUUGAAGCUUUGCUGGGACGACUUGACCGCUUCGCUGAAGACACACACAUCAGCCGCACAGGUGACGCACACACAACAGAGAGACAGGAAAGAGGGUGUGGUCGCAGCGCUACAGCGAGGAAUCAAGCUCCGACUUGGAGGACGCUCACGAGGAGGCGGAUGGAGGCACAGAUGAGGAGGCGCGACUGGACAGCGAAGCUGACGAGGAAGAGGAAGUGCAGGGUGACAACCACAUGGGUCGUGAGGUUCCGUGAGACGCUGCUGCUGCUGCUGCUGCUGCCGCCACCACAGAAAGACACAGGACAAAAGUUGAUGUAAAUAAAACGUUUAAACACAACUCCAUUGUGUUUAUUGUCAUCUUAGCCCCACCCACGCUCGCUCAUGUAGCCUCUUUUACUGUCGUGGAUUCCAACUUUGACCUUCCUUGGGUUUUUUGGAGCCAAGCUGGAACGUCCCUGGUAAGACUCAAACAUCCAACCUCAUACGUGGGUUACAUAUACAGUACGUUACAUAUGCAUUACAUAUACUUAAUGUUACGUGGGUUAUAUAUACA